AGAAGUGGGGUAGUGUACUGUACUGUUUUGUGCAGGCGGCAAUGUGUGUACGUAUGCUGCAGAGGUGCUGUGUAUGUGUAAUUGUGUAUCCCUCUCCCACACGUACGCACAUCCUCCCUCCCACACGCUUUUUCUUCUCUUCACGCGCUUUCUUUUCGAUUUGAACCCCACGCUGGAUCUCGUGUUCUUUGCUUCGCGCCAUAGAUCCCCACAAUUUUUUUUCUGCACGUGCCUUCUUCAAUCCAUGCCACAACCCCAAAGAUAUCAACUUUACUCCAUUUCACGAGAUGGGUAUUUCACCUCUUCCCACUUCUGCUUCAGAACCUUCUUUCUCUGCUCACAAAACCAUGAUUAACACAACUCAUUUCCUCACUUACUUCUAUUUGUUCAUCUACAUUUUGCUUUCUUCUGGAGUCAUUUUGUACAACAAGUGGGUUUUGUCUCCAAAGUACUUUAACUUUCCGCUUCCUAUAACACUCACCAUGAUUCAUAUGGGCUUUUCUGGGACCGUGGCAUUUUUUCUUGUUCGGGUCUUUAAGGUUGUAUCCCCGGUCAAAAUGACAUUUGAAAUAUAUGCAACUUGCGUGAUACCAAUAAGUGCCUUCUUUGCAUCAAGUCUUUGGUUUGGUAACACAGCUUAUUUGCAUAUUUCUGUAGCUUUUAUCCAGAUGCUCAAAGCUCUGAUGCCUGUGGCUACAUUUCUUGUGGCUAUUAUGUGUGGCACCGACAAAGCAAGGUGUGAUGUGUUCUUCAACAUGUUGCUGGUCAGUGUCGGAGUGGUCAUUUCUUCCUAUGGAGAAAUCCAUUUUAAUGUAGUUGGUACAGUUUACCAGGUCACCGGCAUCUUUGCUGAAGCUUUUAGACUGGUCUUAACACAAGUCCUUUUACAGAAGAAGGGCUUGAAUUUAAAUCCUAUUACAAGCUUAUAUUACAUAGCUCCAUGCAGUUUUGUGUUUCUCUUUGUGCCUUGGUACCUACUGGAAAAGCCCAUGAUGGAAGUUUCACAGAUUCAGUUCAAUUUUUGGAUCUUCUUUUCCAAUGCUCUGUGUGCUCUAGCCUUGAAUUUUUCCAUUUUCUUAGUAAUUGGUAGAACUGGGGCUGUAACCAUCCGAGUUGCUGGAGUGCUUAAAGACUGGAUAUUAAUAGCCCUUUCAACCGUUAUAUUUCCAGAAUCGACAAUCACUUGGCUGAAUAUAAUUGGCUAUGCUAUUGCACUAUGUGGAGUUGUGAUGUACAAUUACAUAAAGGUUAAGGAUGUCCGAGCCUCUCAAUCACCUGAAACUAUUCCAGAUCGAAUCACAAAGGACUGGAAAUUCGAGAAGAGGUCAUCUGAUUUUUAUGUGCCAGAUAGUGUUAGUAACAAUGGGGGAAGUGGUGGAGGCAAUGGUUCUCUUUCUGAUAUAAACAUUGAUGAAGAAGCACCGCUAAUUUCUUCAUCAAGGUUGUCUCAUAUUGGACGCAUGCAGCUAACAAACUAUGCAACAGGAAAAUAAAAACCAAAUACAAGAUUCAUUUUGGAGAAAGAACAAGAAAGAGGAAGAUGGGUCAAAUGCACCAUUCCUCUAUUCUUUUGAAAUAGUAUGCUCUAUAACCGAAUCAUGGAUGCUUGCUCUUUGUAAUCACAUUCAUGCGUUGAUCCGUGAUUUCAGACCACAAUGGGGGACCAAUUCUCCUCUAAAUUCCUAUAAUAAUCGAUUUUAAUUCGUAA